AUGCAUGUCUCCGUCCACAUGCGCAUCUGCGAGCUAGGAUGCGCACAAGCAACAACGGUCAUCGUUCGCGCACUCGCAGAGACUUUGGAGCGUGAGUUUCCGGAACUCAAGCCUGAGAUGAACUGGAGGGAGUACAAGCAUCCGACAUGGGACUGGUUCAGCCGGAAGGGUGGGAAGAAUGGAAGAUACAAAUCCCAUAACGGCUUCGAGACGCUAUCCUAUGAUUCGUAA